GCUCAGGGAGGAUGGUCCCGCUCCUCCGAGCCCCAAUGACCGCCCUCGAGCAGCUGGAUCCCAACCAACACCCCGCUCCUUUUCUCCCCCCUUUUCCCCUCCCUCUCCUUUUCCUUCUUGCUCCACGCCCGUUGUGACAGGAGAUGAUCCAGGCUGCUCCCCUCUGCAUAAAUACCACUGGGGAGCUCUGUGAGACUGCACUUGGUCCGAGUUGCUGAGCCCAGACCUUGCACCUCCUGAGGCUUAUUCCAUCCUUUCCUUCUGCUCCUCGUUUACAUAUUUCAGAUACAAUAAUUUAUUUUCUACGAGAGGGUUUGGAGGAGCUGCAAUUACCUGGAGAUUUGGAAGUACUCAGCAAGAUUGCAGACCUGCACUGAGCCACGGGAGCCCCUGCACAAAAACCAACCCUCACCUUCAUCUCUGCUUCUGCUGGCAGCAUGAGCCCUGCCCUGCCUUGGAUCAUUCCUCUUGGAUGUGUGCUGCUGCUGGCAAAGACAGCUGAGUGCUUUAUCUUGCCCAACUCCAGCCACCUGGAGAGCAUCCUGAGCAAGUACCAGGAUGGGGAAGCUCACUCCAGGUCCAAGAGAGCCAUCCUAUUCUCAGACAGACAGGAGAUACUGAUGCUCCACAAUAAAUUGAGAGGCCAGGUGUAUCCAGUGGCCUCUAACAUGGAACACAUGAGCUGGGAUGAGGAGCUGGAGAGGACAGCACACGCCUGGGCUCAGCAGUGCAUCUGGGACCACGGCCCCAGCGACCUCAUCAGGUCCAUUGGGCAGAACCUGGCUGUUCACUGGGGCAGGUAUCGCUCCCCAGCGUUCCAUGUGCAGUCCUGGUAUGAUGAAGUGAAGGAUUACACAUUCCCAUACCCUCAUGAGUGCAACCCAUGGUGCCCAGACAGGUGCACAGGUGCCAUGUGCACACAUUACACCCAGAUAGUCUGGGCCACGACCAACAGGAUUGGCUGUGCUGUGAAUGUCUGCAAGCAGAUGAAUGUUUGGGGAGAGAUCUGGGAGAAUGCAGUCUACCUGGUGUGCAACUACUCCCCCAAGGGUAACUGGAUUGGAGAAGCUCCGUACAAGACCGGCCGUCCCUGCUCCGAGUGCCCGCCCAGCUACGGGGGGAGCUGCCAGAACAACCUGUGCUACAAAGCUCACCGUUAUGAAGAUCCCAACCUUGCUGAGACAGAGGAGACCAACGAGGUGGAGAUUCCACAGGUGGCAGAGCAGAUACCAGUGCAGUUCCACCUCCCAGAAAACAAAGCCAGCACAACCACCAAGCUCCAGAAAACCACCCCACAAUCCUACAUGACACAAGUCAUUACCUGUGAAACCAAGAUGAGAGACAAGUGCAGAGGCUCAACGUGCAACAGGUAUUUGUGCCCAGCUGGCUGCUUGUACAGUAAGGGAAAGAUCUUUGGAACAUUUUAUUAUGAAAGUUCCUCCAGCAUCUGCCGUGCUGCAAUCCAUUAUGGAAUCCUGGACAACAAAGGAGGGCUGGUGGAUAUCACCAGGAAAGGGAGGACACCUGCUUUUGUGAAGUCCAGCAGGAAUGGUGUGGAGUCAUUCAGGAAAAGUAAACCCUCAAAUGCAUUCAUGGUUUCCAAAGUCACAACACAGACCCUGGAUUGUUACACCACAGUAGCUGAACUGUGCCACUUCAAAAAGCCAGCCAGCCACUGCCCAAGGAUUUAUUGCCCAGCCCACUGCAAGGACGAGCCCUCGUACUGGGCGCCCCUGUUUGGCACCAACGUUUAUGCAGAUAGCUCCAGUAUCUGCAAAGCUGCAGUGCAUGCAGGAGUAAUUUCAGAUGAGAGAGGCGGCUUGGUGGACGUGAUGCCUGUAGAAAAGAAGAAAAUCUACGUUGGCUCCCUAAAGAACGGUGUCCAGUCAGAGAGCUUGAAGAAUCCUUCAGAUGGGAAUGCUUUCCGAGUCUUUGCUGUGAAGCAGUAAAUCCCCAGGGAAGGUGCAGUUUCUUUGGGAGAGCUCUGUGGAUCUCCAGGGACGCCAAAGCUCCGAACGGCAUCAGCUCUGCCCGCACCCUCCUUGCCGAUCUCCUUCAGGGAAUUCCAAAAGAAAAGGGGGAAAAAAAAAAAAAUUCCCCAAAAAAAGACCCCAGGUUCUGACUCAGCUGUUGGCAUCUCAUCGCACCCGUGCAGCGUCGUAUCUUUGUCUCGUGUUUUUGUUUCUCUAGGGGCGUUCAGCGCCCAAGAACUGUUCCAAGUUUCAUUUUACCAGAGGUGUUGCUACGCAGAAACGGCAGUGGCUCCGUGUGCAGCGGAUUCAGGGAUCUCAGCCCGGGCCUGGAUGGUGAUUUUAGGGCGUGGAGCUUCUCCUGGGAUGGGUGUGAGGAUGAGCAGACCCGGCUGUGCAGGCGCUGGACACUUUGGAAUGAGGAACUCAUUGGAAGAUGGAAUCCUUUGGGGAGAGGGAAUGGAAAAUGGAAUCCUUUGGGCUCUGACAGAGUGCUGGUGGGAUGUUGGAUGGUUUCUGUGCAAAAAGAGGAUGAAAGUGGUGUUUUCCCACUGAGCUGUGAGGCUGCUGGGUACCUCGAGUGAUGGGGGUUUGGGGAUGUUCUUGGCAGCCAAAAUUGAGGUUUAGUGUGAAAUGGUGGCAGAGAUCCUCACUGCAGAAAAUGAGGCCACCACAUCAUCCAAAGAGCAGGUUUGGUGUUUGCUGGUCAAACACUCCCAGGGAUUUUGCAAACCUCUGAGCAGUCAGAGAACUGGGGCUCCUGUGCUGGCACAUCUCAUCCUAUAUCCACGCCAUAACUUCAGUUAAAUGCAGUGUAUUGGUUUAUACAGCAGUGCUGGUUGUUUUAUAGUAAUAUAGUGAUCAAAUUUAUCUUAUUUCUGCUAGGAAUGGUUGCAUCUGUAGGAAGCAGGUUCACUUUCCCUCCGUGAAGCUCCUUGUGGUGUGUGCAGUUCUGAGACUUUAAAGAUGAGGCAUAAAUUGGGGUAGAUUAAUUUUUCCUGUCCAAUUUGUGAAGCCAACAGAUCCCCACUUCCAGUGCAAAUGCUGCACCCGUGAGCAUUUGACAUCCAGGGUGGUGGUUUUACAAAACUCACCUGGUGCUGUAGUGACAUUAUUCCAUAUUUUGAUUUUUUGCACCCAAAUGCAUUUCAAAGCCAAAGGAAGGGCUCAGAAUGAGCUGCUUUUUAAUGCAGAAGGAUAUUCUCUGCUGCAUAUUGGAAAUUAGUUUUUAUGAUUGGUCUAAGCACAAAUCUGGUGGGUUUUUGAUACACACACAUCCAAUAAUUUCAUGAGAAGACAAAGUCAACAGUGGUUCUUCAAUUCUUGUAAAUGAACAGCCCUUCUGCUCAAUAACUGAAUUGUAGUACUGGACAACAAAUGGGAAAAGAUUUCCCUCUCCUUGGCAGAUGUUUCACAGCUGCUCUUAAGCCCAGAACAUGUUUGGUUUAAUCUGGACAGAUGUAAGAGCCAUCUCAUCAAACUCUUUCAAAACACAGACCAAAAGCAUUUAUAUGAUUAAACGCUUCUUUAGUUCUGUAAACACCAUGAAAUCAACAAGGAAAUGACAUUUAAAUGACAUUUAUCACUUAGUUUCUCCCACCACUGGGAUUCAUUUCUUGUUAAAAUCUGAAUUUGGAAAAGAAACCUUUUGUAAAACCUGAAAUUGAAGCUACUGUCUCUAAAAAUACUGCACAGAAAAGCCACUUUUGGGGCGGAUAGAGAGAAGUGACUCUUCGUGUUGUCUUUGUUUAUGUGGUAUUGUCAUCCAAGGUGUACAGUAUUGACUUCAGACAGGAAAAAUGAACUAUUUCCUUUUCUCACUGAGUAAAUUGGUGUUAAAAACAGCUGGAACACAUCCUAGGAAAGCUGCUGGGUGGGAGCACUUGGGGUGUUGGCAGUGAGGGAAAUCUUCCCCGUUUGUGCCCGUUGGGUUCACAGUCUGGCUCAAACCCAUCCAACACUGCAGCAGGAAUCUGGGACAUCCUGGGAUGGUGGGAAUUGCAUUGGAGAGGGUGAGAGGAGCAGUCAGGUCCGUGGGGACUGCAGGAGCACAGCAAACACCUCGCUGGAAACGGAGCAUCCGCGGAAAUCCCGGCUGGAAGGGGAUGGAAAGGAACGAGGGCUCUUGGAGUAAAACUCCAAUUUUUGGGAUUACUGUGAGCACAUAAAAACCCAAACAGCUGGGGAUGUACCUAGGUGACGGGAAGGGGACAGGGGAAGGGUUAUUAUUCCGACAGAAAUAUCCUAAAAUGCUUCAUUCAAGUUACAAUUGCGUAUUUUUAUCUUCAGCCAACUGGUUUGGAUUUUUAGAAACCGAUGUUAAUUUAAGUCUGUAUCUGUUUAUUUUUGUAUUUGUUGUACAAAAGAGAAAUUGUGACUUUACUACACAAAUAUUUUUCGAGGUCCUGGGUGCUAUUAAUUUAAACAUACCUCCACCAGAAUUAGGGGUGAUCAGGUCCUCCAAGGCAGUCCUGACCUAUCAGUGACUCGCAAUGUGUGCUAGCUAUUCAUGACUAGGUGGGACAGUACCAGUUUUUAACCAAAUAUUGACAGAUUUUAUUUCUGAUACCAAGCCAUUUCUCAGCCUGCUAUAUUUCAGUGCAGCUUAAAGAUGCAUCACCAGGCCUGUUCCUCCUCAGCCCCAGCUCAGCACAUCUCUAGGCACCUGUAGCAUCCAGGUGUGGCCAAAGCUGAUGCUGCCUGGUUGGUUUUUUUCCCAGUAAUUUGGGAUUUGGGAGCAAUGGCAUGGUCACUGCAGAACAUCUGCCUCAGCCAAAUCUCCAGGAAACACAACCAGGGUGAAAUCCAGUGCUGCUGGGGCCUUGGCUCCACUCAUUCCUUCUUUUAAAGACUUUCAGCCAACAGCUGGUUGAGGAGGCUCCAGUUGGUCCCUUGUGCAGUCUAAAUAUUUAGGGCCAGUUCAUAGAGUUGCUUUUCUUUUUUUUUUUUUUCUAUGAAAAAUGGUGUAUUUUACUUCCUAUGUAUAAAAGUUACUUGUAAAUUUUUGUGUGCCUUUGCAUGUUUUCCAAGGGGCUGUGGUUGUUUAUAAACUAGAUUUUUUUUUUUUUUCUGAAUACAGAAUUGUAAAAUAUCUUUUCCUCCCUACCCUUCCAUUUUCUUUUGAUUUCUGAAUUAUUUGUGAAAUAAAACCUUCCCAGAAU